CUUUUAAUAAAAUGGCUGUGUAUGUACAUGUUGGCCAAUGUGGUGUACAACUGGGCCAUGCGUAUUGGGAACAAGUGUUAUCAUCAGACUACAGCUCAUCACUCCUCCUGCCAAAUAAGGACAUCCCUGGUAUUAGUAUAGACACUGAAAGGAAGACACGGAGCCCAUCACUCCAGUAUUCAAGUGUUGUCACUGGAUCUUGUAGAGGGUGUGGAAACAAUUGGUCUUAUGGCCUCAAAGAAGGAAUGAGAAUGGGUAGUUUUGUGACCGAGGAGAUACGUAAGGUAGCGGAGAGAUUGGAUUACUUUAUGGGAACUAUUUUCACGCACAGUCUAGCUGGAGGAACUGGAUCAGGUUUGACGUGUUAUAUUUUGGAAACAAUUCGUGAUGCCUUCCCUGUUCAAUAUAUUUCCAAUGUCGCCAUUACUCCAUUUCUGUCGGGAGAAACACCACUUCAAUAUUAUAACACACUCCUCUCCAUUCCAUACCUACAACAAUAUUCUGACUGUAUCCUCCUAUUGCAUAAUGACACAAUACUCAAGGAAGCACUGAAGACAAGUACAAGUGUUAGCAUGACUUCUAUGAACAGUAUUAUCAGUGAUGUAUUAACUAAUAUGUAUAGACCUUUUCAAAACAAGCAAAGGGUACAUAUGGGAACAUGGGAGCUGAUACGUUCAUUGUGUCCCCAGUCUUGCUACAAGUUCAUUGCUGCUCAUCAUGUUCGGCUCACAAAGGGAGUAACUAGUUGGAGCAAUGCUGUAACACAUUUCAAGCCUGUACAAGACAAGAGGAGACGGCUAUUGUCAUUAGCAGUGGUGUCAAGAAGCAACCCCCUGGCUAUGAUAUCACUCAUUGACAAGUCAAAGGAGAUUGAGGAGAAGCUCAAAAAAUACUUUUCUUUUGUUCCGUGGAAUCCUUUCCCUGUUGAUCUACUGUAUGGUGCCGAUGCUAAUCUCAAGGACAAUAAAAUCAUGACUGUUUUGACUAAUAGUAAUGAGAUUGUUCCUUUUCUUAAUAGAAUCAAGGAGAGGUCUGAAGAAAUGUUCAAGGCUAGAGCUUAUUUACACUGGUAUGAAGGAAUGGCUGAUAAAAUGGACUUCAGUUUUAAUGCACUGGACACCUUAUCACAAAAUUAUAAUUCAUUAUCAGUCUAGAAAAUGCUGCUUAAAAUUGGCCAAACAAA